AUGAGUGAUGAGGAACGACGCCGCUUCCAUGAUGCCCUGCAGAAAUUGAGACACAGCAAAAUAGACGGUGUCAGCAAAGAGGAAGUGCUGCUCAUCGCCUUUCAGCAGGCGACCGGCCGUGGUUCCGACUACGGAACAGCGUUCCUUCCGCUACACAGGCAUUUUUUAAACAUAAUCGAACGGGCGUUAAGAACCGAAGAUCCACAAGUCGCCCUGCCGUACUGUGACUUCAGUCUCGAUGGUGCCCUGAAUCAAGCUGCCGACUCGGUCCUGUGGGCUAAAAACCUGUACGGCCUCUACAGCGACAGUAACUACCGAAUACUGAAUUUGUCGAGGAUUAUCCGCGAGCUUAAAUAUCCGUUCAAGACGAAUUGGAUGUUCAAGCCGUUCCAACGGUGCGUCGAUCCUUUUUACGAAACGGCAUCGCUGCGUUACCCAUGGAUCGGAGGCUACCAACUGCACGAUGCCGCAAAUAGAGUUUUCGAUCCCCUACUUUUGCUAUACCACUCAUUUGUCGAAUUUCUAUGGGAGACAGUCAGAAAUGACCAGUCCAGCGACCUGUCGAAAUGUCGAGCCGAAUAUCGGCUAACCGUUAAAAACACUCAUCAUCUGCUUGGCAGUCUCGACAGUCUGCUGAACAGCAACACCACUGUCGCAUAUGAGUACGAACCGAGACCGAAGUGUUCCCUGGUCGACCCGCUGUGCAAAUCCGACUAUUUGUUCUGCUUCGGCAUGACCGUCAGCUGCAUCAGCAAGAUUCGUCUGGGCGGAAACUGUAGUGGCUUCGAGGAAGAACCGGACGCUUGCUAUGGUUCGUUCUGUUUCAACGGUCAGUGCAACAUAAUUGACGAUGAAAUGGUGCAACCAGAGGUGAGUCGACCUCACGAGUCCGAUAGCGAGGUCAACGUCGGUCAGAAAGAAAAAAAAUGCGACUGUUUGUGUAACAUUUCAAGACCUGCCACCCCUCCGGCCGAAAAGUUAGCCCAUCACGAUGCCAAAAAUCCAAAUGCCAACGUGCCGCACCAGGUGUGGUUCACGGUCACGGUGCUUUCUGGCCUUCUGCCGGCGAAAACAAAAUACCGCGUGAUGGCGAACGUCGAAGUAGAAGGACUAACGUACGAAGAAAACUUCUCAGGAGUAGUUUUUGAAAGGAGCACGUAUCCGUUUUAUCUGGGCGCCACGCUAGUUCCAGUGAAAAAUCCGCAAUUAGCCGAAGACAAGCGAACGAUAUCUUGGAUUUCGGUAACAGCCGAGAAGACCAAGAAGCCAUGCGAGACGUUCUGCUACAAUCCGUCUUCGAAGAUAUACAAAAGCUGUGACGCAGAAAUGGUGCUGGAAUACGGUCCGGGGGCAAAUUCUACAGUACCGUACUUUGCGGACGCAAUGGAGGCGGUGUACUACGGAUGGAACAACGACACGUCCGCCAGAGCCGUGGAUCAUUUUCUUUUUCUGUGUAAGUAUGGCGGAGAAGAAGAACAUAUCGAGGCCGACACUCAACACGUUCAAGAUGUGAGGCAAUGCACUUUCGAGCGAUGGGACAACUAUCUGCUGAUCGGCUUCGCGGCGGCGGUCUUUCGUAACGUCGAUCUGCAGGUGUGUAAGAGGCUUUGUGCGGCCAAUGAGAUGGGCGUUGAAUGUGCCUCACUCAUAUACUGGCCAAUGACCGAAAACUGUGUGCUGAACAGCGAAUCGCGGCUCACCAAACCUAACUUAUUCGAGAAGUUCCCCACUCAAGACGUGGUUUACAUGGAUUAUUACUGCGAAGAUCUUAAGCCCUAUGAAUAA